UCUAAAGAAAUGAAACAGUUAAAACUUACCGGUUUUGUUAUUUUCUUGUUCUUUUUGACUAAAUGCCUAAACUUGCCCACAAAGCCUCAAGAUGUUGAUGAUUUUAAUAUUACCCAGAAAUUUAUAGAGGACAAUGUUGGCUAUAUCACCAUCAUUUCAUUUGCUCAAUAUGUUCAGGAGGCAUCCUUUGAGGAAGUAGAAAUGUUGGCAAAAGCCAUGAUGGAAUACAGAGAUCAAUGCUUGGCCAACUUGAAACUCCCUCAGUGUUCAAAAUUACCUAAUGAUGCUUUACUAGAAGCAAUAUGUGCUAUGGAGGGGGUACCACAAAAGCACAACUUUUCACACUGCUGUAAUAAGGUUGACUUUGAAAGAAGACUCUGUUUCUUCCAUAAUAAGAAAGCUGAUGUAGAAUUUCUACCUCCUCUCCCUACUCUGGAUCCUGAAGUGAAAUGCCAGGCUUAUAAAAAUAACAGUGAAUCUUUUCUAAGCAACUAUAUCUAUGAAGUUUCCAGAAGGAAUCCCUUUGUUUUCACCCCCACACUUCUAACAGCCAUGUCUCAUUUUGAGGAGAUGGCUAAAACAUGUUGUGAAGAACAAGACAAAGCUAACUGCUUUAGAACAAAGGCAGUACCUGCCAUACAAUACUUAAAAGCAUUCUCUUCUUUUCAAAAAAAUGUGUGUGGGGCAUUUUUGAAAUUUGGACCGAAAGUCUUAAAAUCUAUAUACAUUGCUAUCCUUAGUCAAAAAUUCCCCAAGAUUGAAUUUGAAGAACUUACCUCCAUUCUAGAAGAUGUUUCUUCUAAGUAUGAUGGAUGCUGUGAAGGGGAUGCUGUGCAGUGCAUCCGUGGCAGGAGCAAGGUUAUGAGCCAUAUUUGUUCAAAACAAGAUUCUAUCUCUAGCAAAAUUAAAGAGUGCUGUAGAAAGAAAAUACCAGAGCGUGGCGAGUGCAUAAUUAACAUGAAUAACGAUGACAAGCCAAAGGAUUUAUCUCUAAAAGAAGAAACAUUUACUGAAAAUAAAAAUGUGUGUGAAGAACGAAAUGCUGACCAAGAUACCUUCAUGGAUAAGUUUCUUUAUGAAUACUCAAGGAGACAUCAAGAACUGUCUACACCUGAGCUUUUAAGAAUUGCUAGAGUGUAUGAUGACCUCCUGAAAGAGUGUUGCAAUGCAGAAAACCCUUCAGACUGUUACAGUAAUGUGGAAAACAAAUUCAACAAAACAACUGAGAAAAGCCUCAAAAUAGUACAACGAGAAUGUGAACAUUUCCAGAAUUUGGGGAAAGACGAUUUGAAAUACCACUACUUUAUCAAAUUCACAAAGAUAGCCCCUCAGCUCUCCACUGACGAACUGACCUUCCUUGGCGAGGAAAUGGUGACAGCUUUACUCACCUGCUGCACUCUGAGUGAAGAGUUUGCCUGCGCCGAUAAUUUGGUGGAUUUAGUUAUUGGAGAGAUAUGUGGAGUAAAGAAUCGAACCAUCAACCCUGCCGUGGACCACUGUUGUAAAACCAACUUUGCCUUCAGAAGGCACUGCUUUGAGGCCCUGGAAGCCGAUAAAACAUAUGUGCCUCCACCUGCCUCUCAAGGUUUAUUCACGUUUCACACAGACUUGUGUCAGGCACAUAAGGAGGAGCUCCAGAGAAAGAAAAACAGGUUUCUUGUGAAUUUAGUGAAGCUAAAGCCUGAACUUACAGAUGAGGAGCUGCGGUCAUCGCUUACAGAGUUCACUAACCUAGUGCACAAGUGCUGCAAAGUAGAGGAGCCUGAAGCCUGCUUCAAUGAAGAGGGUCCAAAAUUGGCAGCCAAAAUCCAGGCUUCUUGA